CACUGCUGCGCCUCUGCCCCGGGCACCCCCUGGGCUGCAUACGGAGAGGGCAGGAGAGCAGCAGCUGCUGAUGUCUCAGCACAGCCCAGGUUGCAGCCCAAUGUGGACACCCGGCAGAAGCAGAUGACAGCCUGGUGCUCCUUGGUGCUGUCGUACUGUCGCCUGAACAAGCAGUACACCAUGACGGUCAUGGAGGCCCAAGAAAGCCCACUUUUCCACAACAGGAAGCUACAGCGGAAACUCCCCACGGAGUCCAUACAAGUUGUGUUAGAAGAACUCAGGAAAAAAGGGAACCUAGAAUGGUUAGACAAGAACAAAUCCAGUUUCCUGAUCAUGUGGCGGAGACCAGAAGAAUGGGGAAAGCUCAUCUAUCAGUGGGUGUCUAAGAACGGCCUGACCAACUCUGUAUUCACACUCUACGAGCUGUCCAAUGGAGAUGACACAGAGAAUGAAGAGUUCCAUGGCUUGGAAGAGUCCAUGUUGCUUCGUGCCCUGCAAGCCUUACAACAAGAGCACAGGGCUGAAAUUAUCACACUCGACGACGGCCGAGGCGUCAAGUUCUUUCAAUAGGCACCCCUCCUUUUCCAUCUCCUCUGACUGCUAAAGUAUUUCUAGCUUGAAAGGCUCAGUCUUCAGGCCUGGAAUCGAGCAGUGACUGGAAGCAGCUGCGUAUUCUGGCUUUCUUGGGGCAAGGAGAAGCUGUGAAGCCUUCCGAAGACAUGACUUUUUCUUAGAAAUCUUCAGAGAUCUUCUGUCGUUCUCUGCUCCCUGUUGAUUCUGUUUAUCUGAGGGGUUAAAGCUGCUCUAGGUAGAUUCAAGAGGAACCGCUCCAGGAAUGAUGCGGAACCACUCCAGUUAUUGACCCUAGUUCCUGUAAAAGUAGCUGAAGAGCAGGCACUGGCAAGCCAAUCACAUGGCUCUUCAGCUAGAGGCUGGUUAGUUGAGUUUGGCUUUCAAAGGGCAGAUCUCUCGCCCCGUUCCGGUCGCAGAGUGCAACGAGCAGAACCACCGAACCGGUGACAGCUUUUGAGUUAUAAAAUAUGUCAGCAGGAGAACAAGAGGCGUCACUGUGAAGCAGACGGAACCGGGGAGGUGCCUGGGAAUUCAUUUGGCAUAAUUAAAAGAAGGUGUAUUUA